AUGGAUAAGAUCUUGUGGUACGGCUUCCUGUUGAUUUCUUCUGGAAGUGGAGCUUCAAGAACCUGGGCUCAAGAAAACGCGGAGUUCGCAGUGGAUCUUUAUCAGGCAAUUUGCUUAUCUCAGGAGAACAACAUUGUGUUUUCCCCUCUUGGAGCAACUGUCCUUCUCGGAAUGGUGCAACUGGGAGCAAAAGGAAAAGCACAGCAACAGAUAAGACAAGCUUUAAAGCUUCCAGAAACCUCAAUUGGAGAAGAAUUUUCUGCACUGAAGUCAUUUUUCUCUGCCAGCUCAGAGAAAAAACAAGAAUUUACAUUUAAUCUUGCCAGUGCCCUCUACCUUCAAGAAGGAUUCUCUGUGAAGGAACAAUAUCUCCAUGGCAACAAGGAGUUUUUUCAGAGCUCUACAGAACUGGUGGAUUUUCUGGAUGCAAUGGUUUGUGCAGAGACAAUAAAUGCCUGGGUAGAAAGCAAAACAGAUGGAAAAAUUAAAAAUAUGUUUUCAAAGGAAGAUUUUGGCCCUCUGACACGCCUUGUCCUGGUGAAUGCUAUUUAUUUCAAAGGGGAAUGGAAACAUAAAUUCAGAAAGGAAAACACACAACUGAUGGAGUUUACUAAGAAAGAUGGUUCAACCGUCAAAAUUCCAAUGAUGAUGGCUCAGUCGAAGACAAAAUAUGGCUACUUUUCCGAAUCCUCCAUGAAAUAUGAGGUUUUGGAAUUGCCUUAUAAAGGUGAUGACUUUAGUUUAAUCAUUGUUCUUCCUGCAAAAGAUGUCAGCAUGGAGGAAGUAGAAAAACGAAUUACUGCUCAUCAAAUCCUGAAAUGGUCCUCUGAGAUGCAAGAGGAGGAAGUAGAAAUGGCCCUUCCAAGAUUUAACAUAGAACAAAAAUUAGACUUCAAGGAAGCUUUGUAUUUUUUGAAUGUGACUGAGAUGUUUAGUGGUGGUUGUGACCUUUCUGGCAUAACAGAUUCAUCUGAAGUGUAUGUUUCCAAAGUCAUGCAAAAAAUUUUCUUGGAGAUAAAUGAAGAUGGUAGUGAAGCUGUGACAUCAACAGGCAUGCACCUCCCAGUGAUCAUGAGUCUGACACAAGCUCGAUUUAUAGCAAAUCAUCCAUUUCUGUUUAUUGUGAAGAAUAACCCAACAGAAUCAAUUUUGUUUAUGGGGAGAGUGACAAAUCCCGACAUACAAGCAACCAAGGGAAGAGAUUUAGAUUCACUGUGA